AUGGCGACUAUACGAAGGUCUUCUGCGGCGAUGCACGGCGGACAGCUGCACCCGAAACCAAGAGCAGCAAGUCGUAACCAUGGUUACCACAACGGCGGCGGCUUUGACGGGGUCGGACACGGGCGUGGGUUAGAUGGCUGGAGUGCUCACGUCCGCUACUUCCUGGCUCGCUAUCCGCCAGAGACGCGCGACGUCGUUGCUCAGCGCCUGGCGUCGUAUGGCAUCCGGAGCUUGCUGUCUUCCCAUCGGCAGGAGAACCUUUCGCUGGAGGCUCUGCUUGCCGCCACGGAUGCAGCCGAUAGGGAGGUGCUGUCCUCGAUGAGAGAGCACGCGAGGGGCCGGCAGAAGCAGCGAGGGGCGGCGGCCCUGAGUCGGAGCAGAAUGUCAAGCGCUCAAAGGCAGCAGCGGCAGCAUUCUCGCGAUAACGGUGGCAAUGGGGCGGCGCCGACAGAGGUGCUGCGUGAGCGUGUAUUAGCGGACAAGAACAUCGACGCAAGCCCGCCAGCUGCAGCAGGGGCAGUUACAGUCUUCAGGAAGCGGCACGUGGUCGCCGCGCGCCCAGACGUGCUCACGCGCUACCCUUUCGUAGACGACCUGGCGGCGACGCAGGGGGGAGGGGUCGGGGCGGUGAUGCACCAGGCGACGCCCACGACUCCCAUCCAGUACCUAGCCAAGCGGGAGAUCAGGCGGCUGGCUCACGAGGCGUUCCGGGAGCUCAAGGCCUCGGCACUCGGCAUUCGCUUGUCAGACCUCCCGUGCGCCCUUCAGUUCCUCUUCUUCGGCGACUCGGCAUCCCUGUUAACGUCCAAGGGCGGUGGCAGCCGUGGCGGCGAUAGUGGUGGUGGUGCCGGGGGUGCAAACAGGAGUGCCAAGGAUGUCCACCUUGUCAUGGCUCUGGCGCGGGAGUGCCUCCCUCCGACACUCGCACACGCGGCUAGAGACACGAGCACGCUGAGCACCGCGAGCACGCAGGGGGGCUCGGAGGCGGGGUGGAUGCGUGACGGACAGAAUAUGUUCGUGAGCGAGCGGCGCUGGAUCAAGGUGGUCGCGCACGUCAUCCGCCGUCUCUGGGACAUGGACGGCAGGCCCGAGGACGUAGCAGCAGCCGGCGGCGCCGCAGGUACCGCCGCCCAGCGACGGCGACGUACCAUCUCCACCGCCGCCGCCGGUCCGUCGAGGAAGCCGGCCGCCGUGCCCGCUACCGCCGCCCCGUUCGGGAUGGAGUUCCAGCAGCCGGUGUGGAAGCGGGGCGGCGGCGGGCGGUAUCUCAGAGUCACCAGAGCGGACUCCUUCGUGGGGGGGCUUGAGGAAGACUCUCGAUCGGACACUACGCGCUGGGGCGGGUUUUCGGAGACGUCGAGGAUAUCGGCGAGUGACGGUGACGGCGGCCCUUAUCCGGGCGAGGGUGUCGGCGGCGACGACGACGAGGCGUUGCGCGCGUGGGAGGAGGCGGAAGAUUGGGUCGGGGCCGGGAGGUCCAUCGCUCGGGCUCCGGGAGAGGAGCAAGAGGACUACGCGCAAGAGGAGGCCGGGGACCUGUUUGCAGCUGCGAGAGGCUUGGGCGCGGUGCACGGCAGCAGUCGCCGCCGGACACAGAGCGCCGGCGCCGGCGGCGCUGGGAGGGCUAGGCACGUCGGGGUCGGAGGGGCCGGGAGCGGCGCAGACUGGAAGGAAGGGACGCGGCCGGCGGGGAUGUGGGAGGUGUCACCCCCGGCUCACGUUGUGGCGUCGUCGCGGACGGGGAGGGGGCGCAGAGGGCAGGGAGCUCGGCGGGAGAGCGGGCCCGCGUACCUUCGCGGGGUGCAGUCAAGGAUAAGGCCGCAGUUGGACGCCCACAAGGACCGGCUCAGGAAGAUCGCCGGUGCGCGCCGUUCUGCCGUGAGAGAUACCGUCGCUCGCCGUCGCCUGGACCGCCUCGACCGCGGCGGCAACCCUGGUGAUGUCACCCAGGGUUUCCCCGCUGACGGUCGAAGCGGCGUUUCUGGGGACAGGGACAAGGACAGGGACAGGGGAGGUUAUUCCCUGGCCACCGAGUGGGACUCCAACGCCAGGGGCCACACGCCCGGGGAGCACGCUCUGGACAUCGCUGGGGCAUUCCUGGAGUCUUCUCUGAUGACGCGCUUGGCGGGCGGGGAUUGGUUCGACGGCGAAGACAGCGAACAAAUCUCGGCCGGGUCGUCUGCGGCCUGGGAGCCCGAGGGGGCCGUGAGGGUGCCGCUGGGCGGCGGCCUGCGACAAACCAACCACCCUGGCGGUGCACUCCGAGGGAGGUACGACAGCGGCGGUGGGGGCGGCAGUAGGAGCCGGAACGGUCUGUCGAGGAGGGACGACGGUCAGCGCGCGGGUAGGAGGGAAGCCCACACCGGCUGGCUAGGAGACUUUGGGCCCGCACACACGCACACCGUCCGAGAGGUGGCCGGAGAUGUUGAGGAAGAGGAGGAGGAAGGGAGGGGCGAGGAAGAGGAGAGCGGUGAUGGGCGGGCGUGGGGGACGGCGAGCCGGAGGGAUGGCGGUGUAUCACCACCAAGAGACCGCGGCGGUAGCGACGGCAGCACCACCAGCAGGCAGGUUUCGGAGGGCCCCGCGGAGGAGAAGGGCGGAGGAGGGAAGGGUGGUCGUGCGGACGGUGGGGUUGGUGGCGGCGGCGGGAGGGGAGAGGGGAGUGCAAGCGAGGGUGCGCGGGAGGGAGGGGGCGUGGACGAAUCAACCGGGGCCGCCCGCGGGAGUGACGGCGGUGGCGAUACACAAGAGGGAUCCGGUUCGAACGGCCGCGGUAACACCAGCACCAACGAAAACGACGACGCAGACAUAGGCCUGGGCCAAGCAGAAAUGGGCGAUUUCAACGUGGUGGCUCCGUUGGACGGGGGCCUGGAUGCCUACUUGCAGCUGGUCUCCGACGGCAGAGCGGUGGCCGGAGGGGGCGCGGCUGGCGGGGGCGGCGGCGACGAGGAGGGGGGAAGGGAAGGGCCGGCCCUUGGUGGAGGGAGUCCCGGGGGUUACACUGGUGCUACGAGUGGUAGCUGGUGGGAGGAGGAUCGAUCAGCCUUGGAGGGUGGGGAUGUGGUGCCCAGCCCCACCUGA